AUGUCCCGUCUGAACGCGUUGGUCGUCGGCCUGGGCAACUACACCCAUCCACUCACUCGUCACUCAAUUUCUCAACUCACACUUGAAAAUAUCCACAACCUGCUGAAUCACCAACAUCGGUACAAAGCUAACUAUGUAUCAGCCUCUCCAUCCUGGCCCACUUCCGACAAGGAACCGCCAUUUCGGCUUCAAUCUAUGCAGUCGAGCUCGGAUCUAUCUAAUCACCUGAAACUUUCCAAGCCGCAUUCAGCUUGGAUCGCAAGGCACGACUUCCAGCUAUCAUCCACCCAGGGGACUAGCCCAAACAACCUUAGUCUCCACCUUCUCAAACCUCGAGCUGCAAUGAACAUCUCUGGUCCGAUUGUCCAAUCUUAUCACUCACAACUCUCCAAGUCUGGCGAACGUACAAAACUUAUCAUUAUCCACGAUGAGCUUGAUCUCAAACCGCUCACCGUUCGGCUCAAACGGCCCCCUCAGUCAUCAAAGCACAAGGGUCACAACGGUCUCAGAUCUGUCUUUGCCAGUCUCAAGGCGCAUUCACCCCAGAGCCUGUUCACGAUUGGUAUCGGCAUCGGUCGGGAUGCCUCUAACCCGAGUAAGGAUCCGCGGGACGUCGGAAGAUGGGUUCUCAGCCCACUCAACCGGCCCGAAAUCGAAGCCUGCUCGUGGGACGUCGAACAUUCACCCUCUGCGAAUCCACUCCAUCAAGCCUCGGUGGUCUUGGAAGUAUGGCAGCAGAUUUCAGAAAUUCUCAGAAACUAA